AUGGGCCUGUGUGAAUACUGCACCAAGCUUCCUGCCAAGCUCUUUAGUUCCCGCCGGAACGAGCAGAGCGACUACGACCACCAGCCGACAUUAAGUGCUCUCGGGACCUCCGCCACGGGGGGUUGUCGCGGCUGCCAUCUCAUCCUCCAUGCCGUGGAAAGCAGCCAAUCUGAGCACGCUGCGCAGUAUGCGUUGCCGAGAACUUGGAAGCCAGACGAUCGGGUGCGCCUGAGCAGCACCAAGUUCGGAUGGCAGGUCGUGCGCGUUGGAUGGACUGAGGCUGGACACUUUCGAGGCUUUGCGAUACCUUCAGACUGGAAAGACUGGGACGCUCUGCAGUCGCCCUCAUUUCGCGGCGCGGGACGAGAUGAUGGUUCUGUUCGCCACCUCGUGUACGAAUCUCGUCUAAUACAACGUUGGACCGGUUUUCUCCCGACUCGGCUCAUCAACGUGGGAACAGAGGCUGGUCCAAGGCUCACUCUGGUCUUGAGUGCGGAAAUCGAAACCGCAGACAAGCGGUACAUCGCCUUGAGCCAUUGCUGGGGCUUGACAAUGCCCGAGGCCGGUAAAACAAUGGUCAAGACGCUGAAUGACCAUCUGGCUUCCAUCGCCGAGGACAGGCUGCCUCGUAGCUUUCGGGACUUUGUCCAAAACACGCGUCGUCUCGGCGUGCCAUAUGUCUGGAUCGACUCGCUGUGCAUCGUGCAAGAUUCGCGAGAGGAUUGGGAGAGGGAAGCGGCGCAGAUGGCCGACGUCUACUCAAACGCCCAUCUCACCAUGGCUGCGUCGGGCUCUGCAGACGGCCGAGGGGGUUGCCAAGUAGCAGACCACGUGCGAUCAUACGGUCCCGUCGACAUUGAGUGUCGAGUCAAUGUCGACGCCACCGCCCCGGCACGAGAUUCGACAGCAGCAACAAUAGCCUUCCGGCUCUGGAGCCGGGACACGUACCCCGUCGGACAGAUUCUGGGCAUCGACCCUUUGACGAAGCGAGGAUGGUCUCUCCAAGAGAGGGAACUCUCACCUCGGGUUGUCCAUUACUGUAGGGAUACCAUCCGCUGGGAGUGUCGCGAGUCAAGAGCAACAAUCGAGUUCCCCUGGUGUGACGCGGCCUCCUUCGACGUCGGACGCUUGUUGGACGGUGCAUCUUUCACCAGGCCGACACUCAUUGGCGUGCCCAACGUCAGCUCAAAACCAUUGAGCUUUGUCACGAAACAGAGGCUAUCCUGGUUCGAGCUCGUCGACCGCUACACCAGCCGUGCCCUCACCAAACAAACAGACAUACUCCCCGCCUUCUCCGGCAUCGCCAGGUCUAUCGCCGCCACCACCUCCGACGAGUACUUGGCCGGGCUUUGGAAGUCCUACUUUGGACAUUGUCUGCUGUGGGCGAGCAACUGGCACGUCGGCCGCGGGUUCAGACAGCACAGUCGUCCGGCCGACCACCUCGCACCGAGCUGGUCGUGGGCUUCGGUCAAGGGCCCGAUCCAUUAUCUGUCGUGGAUCAAUGGCUACUGGCACAGUUUCAAUGCCGACCCAGAUCCCGCAUACGUGCCGCGACUUGUCGACAUCUCGCUGCAGCCGUCUUCAGAUCCAUACGGAGCGCUUCGAGCCGCGACGCUCCGAAUCGAGGGCAGAGUCGCCAUGGCCAUUUGCAAACAGGAAGCUUAUGCGGCGCCAAAGGAUCAUCUCAACAUGACCUUUACCGCCGGGCAUCAAGAUCGACAGCUUCUUGUCGGAAUCAGCGGGGGUAAAUUCGAAAAGGUCGGCGAUAUUCGUUACGACGUCCCGCUCUGUCCUGAUUGUUCGCCAAUUGGUAGACUCGCACUGCUUUGGCUUCUAUGCUGUAUGAAUAGCGAGAGGACUUCUGAAGGGAAAGUGAGUACAUUUGCCAUUGCUCUUCAAGGAGAUGACGACGACGACGAUGAUAAUGCGCGAGGACGGACGGCAAUAUCUCCUUUAGUGCCGACUCGCUUUCGAAGAGUUGGGGUAGCUUGGGGAAUCGACCCUUUAUUCUGGAACAAGGCGGUGACUGCCACUCUGACGAUAGUAUAA